AUGAUUGCAGACACCUCAUCCAUCGCCGGCUACACCAUCUUUCGGGAAGAGCCCAACGACGCCGCUCCCGACCUCUCAAAUUCUCAACAUUUACAUCCUCUCGAUCCGCUAUCGAUUGAUGAGAUCCGCGCUGCCGCAAAGAUCAUCCGUGAUUAUGCCAAGCCCAAGUCUCUAAAGUUCAACUGUCUCACUCUCCGUGAGCCUCUCAAGGCAGAAUAUGCUGCUUUCCGCGCCCGAACUGGUCCCCGACCUUCUCGUCGCGCUUUCGCCAUCGUCAUAGAAAAGGGCAAUGGUCAAGUCUCCGAGGUCGUCGCCAACAUCGCCGACGGCAAGGUCGAGCUCUGGAAGGACGUCUCUGAGGUCGGUCCUACUCUGACUCUCGAGGACCUUGACGUCUGCGAGCGCGUUGCUCGCGCCGACCCUCGUGUCAUCCAGGCCUGCAAGGACGUUGGCAUCGACGACAUGUCCAAGAUCUACAUCGAUGCUUGGGCGAUUGGCGUUGAUCAGCGUUGGGGCUACGAGCGCCGUCUCCAGCAGGGUCUGGUGUAUUACCGCGCUUCGCCCAACGAUAACCAGUAUGCGCACCCGCUCGACUUCUCCGUCGUGGUCGAUACUGAGAAGGAGGAGGUCCUCACUGUUGACAUCCGCUACGUAAACGGUGAGCGAACAAAGGUUCCUCUCACCUCGCACAACUACAUGCCCGAGUUUAUCGGCGAGAACUACAUUGAUGGCACUCUCAAGCCCAUCAACAUCACCCAGCCCCAGGGCGUUUCUUUCCGCAUGCGAGGAAAUGAGAUUUCUUGGGCUGGCUAUAAGAUGCACAUCGGAUUCAACUACCGUGAAGGUAUUGUUCUGUCUGAUGUUCGCAUGGAGGAUCAGCAUGAGCACCGUGAGCGGACUCUCUUCAACCGUAUCAGUGUCGUCGAGAUGGUCGUUCCCUACGGUAACCCCGACCCCCCUCACCACAAGAAGCACGCUUUCGACGUCGGUGAGUAUGGCACUGGUCUCAUGACCAACUCUCUGAAGCUGGGAUGUGAUUGCAAGGGCGCCAUCCACUACCUCGAUGCCGUCAUGGCGACUGGCGAGGGUGAUCCUGCUGUCAUCAAGAACGCCAUCUGCAUUCACGAGGAAGACAACGGUCUUUUGUAUAAGCACACCGAUUACCGUGACGGCACCGUCAUCUCCGCCCGUGAUCGCAAGCUCAUCAUCUCUCAAAUCAUCACCGCCGCCAACUACGAGUACGGCUUCUACCAUACCUUCACUCUCGAUGGUACCUACAAGCUUGAGAUCAAGCUGACCGGCAUGCUCAACACCUACUGCAUGCACCCCAGCGAGACAGCCGCCCCCUACGGAACCGAAGUCGCGCCCACCAUCAACGCUCACAACCACCAGCACAUCUUCUCCCUCCGAGUUGACCCCGAGAUCGACGGGCCCAACAACUCCAUCGUUCAGAACGAUGCUCUACCCUCAGAGGCGGAGGUUGGAUCUCCCGAGAACCCCUACGGCAACGGUUUCUACUGCAAGAACACUCCUCUCCGAACAGCCAAGGAGGCUGCUGUGAACUACUGCCACGAGACAAGUCGAUCAUGGGCCAUCACCAACCCCAACAGCAUCAACCCAUCAGCCAAGAAGCCCGUCGCUUACAAGAUCCUCAACAACAACUGCCCCGGUCUCCUCGCCAAGCCCGGUAGUGUCGUGUACAACCGCGCUGCCUUUGCUCGCAAGAGUCUCUGGGUUACUCCUUACAAGGACUACGAGAUCUUCCCCGCUGGUGACUACGUCUGCCAGUCCACCGGUGUCGAGAACCAUCCUCACAACAGCACCAUUCUCGACUGGGUCGCCCGUGAUGAGCCUAUUGAGAACACUGAUAUCGUUUGCUAUAUCCAGUUUGGUCUCACUCACUUCCCCCGCACUGAGGACUUCCCCGUGAUGCCCGCUGAGCCAGUCAGCGUCAUGCUUCGCGCCUCAAAUUUCUACCAGAAGAACCCUGGUCUCUGGGUUCCCCCUUCGGCUCUCUGCGUCGAUGCUGCAUCCAAGGAUGCUUUCGGUAAGAAGGAGGAGGAGGCUCCCUCUUCUUGCUGCGCUACCAAGACGAUUCCUCGUCUUUAG